CAAUAAACAAAUUUUAUAAUUUAACCAAACAUCAAACGCCGAAGUAUUUUGAAAGAGGUUUGGGUAUUUUUCAUGCUGGGUUAUUGCUGAUAUACUAGCUUCAAACAAAAUGUAAUGCAUUAAAUCUUGACUCUCUGUGGCUGGCAGUGAAGGUCAUGCAAACAUGUCAUCAUUAAUGGGAGACCAACUUAUUCUUGAAGAAGACUAUGAUGAGAAUUACCAACCAAAUGAAGACGAAAUCAGGGAGUAUGCAUCCGUGAUUGGCAUUAACCCUGAUGAGGAUCCAGAAUUGAUGUGGAUUGCCCGUGAGGGCAUCAUUGCACCUUUACCGGAAGAUUGGAAACCAUGUCAGGACACAAAUGGGGACAUCUACUAUUUCAACUUCACCACUGGUGACAGUGUGUGGGACCACCCUUGUGACGAAUUCUACCGGACCAUGGUCAUAGAGGAACGAGAAAAGCUGGCAUUGUCAGGAAAACAUGUUGGUGGUAAAAAAGAUGGUAAGAAGAAAAAGGAUAAAAAAGACAAAAAAGCAGGCAAAAAGGAAACUAAUGAGAAGAAAGGGGGACUCCCAGCGUCUUCACUUGCACCUCUGAAGAAGGACAUGGUGUUAGGAUCCAGCAUUGGUUCGCUUGGUAGUACAGCUGCCGGUACAGGCAAACUAGGCGCUUUGGGUUCAGUAAAGGACCCAAUGAAGAGCACAUUAGGCUCUACAUUUGGGAGUGAUCUAGGCCAGUCGACUGAUGCUUCUAGGUUUCUGAAAAGCAAGAAUGGUUCUCUGGAUCAGAAGAAGCCGUUGUUACAAGGUGGUCGGGAGGAGAAAAUCCAGAUGAUGCCAGAUUUUUCUGAUGAGUCCCAGGAAUCAGCAACACCACGUUUGAACCUUGACCUUGAUUUAAAGGACAUCAAUGAUCUAAGCUAUGAGGAAUCUGAAUCAGAAUUGAAGAUGAUCAAAAGCACAGGAAUGUCAGAAAGUGAAGACGACGAUGAUGAUGUUAAUGUGGAUUUUGGAAUUGAUGUUGGAAUAUCAAAGAGACUUGGAUUGAUGGAUGUGGCUGAUCUUGAACCAAUUGCAGACACACCAACUCCAAGGGAAGAGAUAAAUCAACUUGAUAAAUGGAUGAAGAAACCAACAGGAGGAAAAAGUGAUGAGAUCGCUGCCAAAGAAGAAGAGAAGAAGAGGAAGGAAGAAAAAGAGAAAGAAGAAAUGGAAAGAAAACAAAAAGCUGAUCUUCAAGCUAGUGCAGCCCUUAAGAGAAUGGAGAUGCAGGGUGAUCUUCAUGAAGAGGAAAAGAAAUUGCGGCAACAACAUGAGCAAGAGAUUAAAGAGAUGAAGGAACGUCUACAGAGUGAACUAGAGGAUGUCAAGCUCGAGUUGCUAGAUGACAAGGAAGAAAAGCUGAAACAGCUGAAGGAGAAGAUUGAUAAAGAGGUUGAAGAAGAGGAGAAGAAGAUGACAAAAGAAAAAGACCAAACAAUAAAAGAAUUACGGAGUCAGGUAAAGGAAGAAGCAGAGGAUGAAGAAGCAAGGUUAAUGGAAGGAAAAAGUGAUAACAUGAGGAAGAUGAGGGAGAAUAUUAGGAAGGAAGAAGAAGAUGAAGAAGAGAGGUUGAGGAAUGAAAUGAAAAAUAAAAUUGAUAUAGUCAAGAAAGAACUUAAAGAUGUAAAGGAAUGUGAGGAUGAGAAAUUAAAUGAAGAAAAGAAGAAAGUUGCAGAAAAGAUUGAAAAUGAAGUGAGAUUAUAUAAAGAAGAGCAACAGAAGAAGUUGGAAGAAAAAAAUGAAGAGGAAAUUAAACAGAUGGAAGGCAAGUUUGAAAGUGAUCUGCAAUCAGCUUUGAAAGACAUUGCACAAGAUUAUGAAAAAGAAAUGGAAGUGAAGAAGAAAGAAGCAACUGACAAGCAUCAGCGGGAGCUUGAUGACCUGCUUGCUAAACUACAAGAUGCACAAGAAGAAGAGAUGAGGAGCACCGAGGAUAAACUACGAGCAACCAGAGAAAAGCAAGCUGCUGUGUCUGGAAUGGAGGAUGGGCUGGAGAAUGUGCUGAAGGAAAGGAAACAUCAAGUCAAAGAAGAUCAAAGAAAACAGUUGGAUAGUUUAAGGAAAGAACAUGAAAAAAACCUGAAGGAUAUCCAGGAGGAAUAUAGGAAAAUGGAAGAGAAAGAAAGAGGUUUAGUAAAUUCCAAACUUGAGAGUGAAAAAUCAAAACUUGCAAAGGAUCAUGAGAAGGAACUAAAUGCAUUGCAAAGGGAGUUUGAGGAGAGAAAGGAAGAGCUUCAUAGAAAGCAUGAAGAUGAGGAGAGCGCCCUCAAGGAGACCAGUGAAUCAUUGGAUGAUACAAAGCAUAAGCUGGAGAAGCUGGCCAAGCAGAUCGAAAAGGAGGAAAAUGAUCUUAAGAGGAGGAGGGCUAAAUUUGAAGAUGAUCAGAUGAAAUUUGAAGGAGAAAAAGAUGAAGCAUUUGCAAACCAGGCAGCAUCCCUGACCUCUAGGGAGCUGGAGGAAUUACGAGUGCUACUUAAACAGAUUCAGGAUGAAAUAAAACAUGAGAGAAAUCAGCUAAAACUGCUGAGGCAAGAGAGAGAACACCUUGAGUCAGAUAUAAAAAGAAUGAAACAAGAAAAACAAGAAUUGAGUAGAAGACCUAAUAUACGGCAAAGUGAGCCAUCGUUACAUCAUGACCAUUUGCCAGUGAAUGGAGAUGCAAGUCCCGAAGAGGUUUCUCCUGGCAACAUGGUACCGACAACACCAAGUGCGGAUGUGAUGGAUAUGAAGGAACUUUUAACACCAUCACCAUCCAAGCAUCGAAGGGAAAUGGUUCACCCAAGAGACUUUUCACGACCUUUAUUAGAAAAUGAUGUUGAUGACUUUGAAGUGAAUUCCAGGGAGUCGUUAAGCAAUGCAGGGCAUCAAAGAGAGCGGGCAAACUCAGGUGUACACAGGUCACGUCAGGAUAGUGGUAGAAGUUACCAUUCAGGGAGCUUCUGGACUGAAAAUAUAAGACCUGCUUUGGCAGGACAAAACAGAACAAGGUCAAGUCAUCACUAUGCUUGGCAUGAUGGCGAAUUUGAUGAUGAUAUAAGUGAACCAUCAGAUGACUUCGCUCAUUUGAAUAUUCGUAAUCACCUUCAGCAAAGUAAUCUUCGUGUGCGGCUGAUUGAAGAGGGCAGCGCCAUACAACGUGCCAAAAUGUUCCUUAAGAAACAGAAGAAAACACUCAACAAUAGGCAGUCAAAACUACAAAAUGCCAAGCAGGAAUGGCGAAGGGAUGUUCGCAAUCAGUACGUCGCUGGCUUGUCCCCGAGUAGUGCAUCAAUGCUUGAUGAUGUCAAACUUAGCUUAGAAAGGGAAGCUAUUGAGCUGGAUAAAGCUGUUAUUAAUGUAACAGCCGGUCGCAGACUGGUCCGGGAAAAAGAGCAAAAAUUAAAGCAGUUACAAGAGUCUCUUAUCGAUGUGAGUUCAGAUAGUGACUUAAGUGAUGUGACGUACCAUAGGCAGAGGCAGCAUGUGCAUCAUGUUAGUCUCAGCGACUCCUCAGAUGAUGAUGAAGAGGAGGAUGGCGAGGAUUUUAAAACACCCUUGUACAGGCCAGGUGUCAAUAAACCACCUCUUUCAGUGAAAGAUGGUAUGAGCUCUAAGAGUGACCAGGCAUCAGACAUCCUAAAGGGUAUUGAUACACUGCUUUCACAGAGGUCAACCAUGAAUGAAGCAGUGAUCGAACCAAUCACUUCCUCUCUUGAUAAAGUCAACAAACAGUUAACGGAUGUCAUGGGUCUUUUACAAAAACAACUUCCACAAGGUAGUGCCAUUCCAAAUGGAGCACUGGAUCCAACUGGCAAUGACGUCCAGCCCCAGCAAGCACCUCACCAACCUCCACCCUUUCAACCAUCACUGAAUGGCACGUAUACACCUUAUGAUGCAACCCCCUCUUAUGGUUACCAACCAGCGAAUAGAGUUCCUCUCUCCAGUCACUACUUUAAUCCAGAUUACACCAAUUCUUAUAGGAGAGGUGUUUCAACAGGGUUUUCUGUUUAUUCCUCAAUGAGAAAUUCACCAGCAUUCCGUGAACCACAAUCGGAAUCGGCUGACCAAGUACUGGAAAGGAAGUGGAGAAAAUAUUUUGGAGGUAACACAAGUUCUGUAAAACCUCUCACCACUGGUCUUUCAACUUCAACAGGGUCAAAGUUCAGAGGCUAUAUACCUGCCAGUGAACAGUUGCGGUCUUUUCGUGAGAGUGCAAGGCGCAAUACUGCAGACAUCGGUGGAUCAAGACUCGGUUCAGUUGAUGCCAUGAAGGACAUGCAAAGCAACUGGUUGAAUGAUCUGCCUAAAACCAGGGCUAUGCCAAUUGGUAGCACAAAUAACAGUAACACUGCCUCACACUUAGUUGAUAAUGAAGGCUUUGGAGCAAUGAGGCUAGAGCUGGAUGAGAAUAAUCAGAUACGGUUAAAACCUCGGUAGGAUUUAGCCUUCGCACUACAGUACUAAGAACAUUUGGAGAAUAAUUGCAUAUCAAAAAAAGCACCAGAGAAGUACAUGUCCAAUGAAAAUGGCAGUAAACAGCAUUAUGUCAUCGGAAGCAGUGAGCAGAAGACAUGACCGUAUUACAUGCAUGUUGAGACAUACAUAUGACAUGUUGUGAGGUUUGCAGUAUUUUGAUUUUGCUUGCCCAUCACAUAACAUUCUGAAUUUUCCCACGGUGCUUGCUUAUUUCUGAGUGAAUCCUGUGACCCCGACAUGUACAAAGAUUUUCAUACACGUACGAUGAGACAUACAGGUACAUAUGACAUGCAAGGUUUUUUAGUGUUUUGGUUUUGCUUGCAGUUUGUAGUAAAAGAUGUGUGUAACCAGUUGACAGGAAAUGGCAAGAAAAAAGUGCACAGUACUAUAUGCUAGGAAUUAAAUCAGCCACGAGGUAAACAUCAAGUAGAAAUACCCACUGUUUUUAUUGGCUAUGUUCUCACACGGCAGGUAACGGUUAGCAGUAUCCGGAUGCUGUUAACCGUUAGCUGCUGUCUGUCCAUGCGAGAAAAUCCCGAUCCGGAUACCAACAAUAUGAUGAUCGAAUCACUGACCAAUAAGAAACUGGAAAUUGUAAACGCGUAUGUGCGAUUGGUUGAUGAUAGAAACGCCAUCAAUUGCCAACCGUUAGCGUAUCUGAAUACCGCUAAAUCAUAAGGCGUUCUCACGCAGGUGCUAACGGUUAGCUCCCAAUCCGGAUACUAGGGCUCUCGUGAGAACCAGGCUAUACUGUCACUGUAAAAGCUCCCUGAGUUGACAUACCCACCACAAACAGCCUCACCUAUUUCUGUUUUAGUAAAUUACAUAUCUCAACAGAUAUAAUAAAAAUAUGCAAAUAAUUAAUACUUUUUAGGUUUUCUGUAUACUAAUAUGGUUAUAUAUUUUCCAAUACUCUUUCUGUAUUCUACAAUUUGUAUAAAGUUUACCAAAAAUAAAAAUAUAUACCUUGAGACUACAGGGUAUGCUAUUUAUAGUACACAACUCCCUCUAAUUGAAGACCCCUCUAAUGAAAGAACACCUGUCUUAUCUUUUUAAUAUUAUUUUUAAAAUUAAAGACUAAAAAUGCUAAAGACCAUGGAAAUCCUGUCCAAAAAGUGGUCUUUAAUUGGAGGGAAACCUGUAUUCGAUUUUUCAUGUUUAUAUUUGGUGAAUAUAGAUUUGUAUUACCAAGCAAACUUUGAAACGUCACCCAGAAAGAAGCCUUGAAUGAUUGUUAUAAAUGUAAAUAAUAAAUGUAGAAUGUAAACACUUCUCUGUACUUAAUUAUGUAAAUACUUAACUGCUAAAUUCCAUCCCUAUACAUUAUAUUAUUCCAUUUGAACAGUAACUUUUUUUUUAUGCAAGUGAACAUUUUGUAUAUGUAUGGUCUUGUCCCACAAACAUGGUAAUAAUUGUUAUUGAUUGUGGAAGGUUUUGAAAAGUGUUUUGAAUAAACUCAAAAUUUACUAUGA